AUGGUCUCGGGUCGGGCAGCGGGGGUUCACGGCAUUGGCCAGGAACUUUGGGCAAAGCGCGGUUUUCGGCCUUUUCAGGUGAAGCGCCUUGGCUGGAUUUGGUAUCGAUCUCCGCUUUGCAGCCGGAUUUUCGAUUGUCCGUGCGGAAGAAAAUCCUGGUCGGGAGCUCGGGUUCUUCCUUACGUCUCCGGGAACGUUCAUCGACGUCCACCGCUCCUCGUAGACCACCCCCGCUUCGCUCCCCGGGCCCUCGUCGGUCCUCGUCCAUCGGUGAGUUCCUCGCUCUCUCCGCUGCAGGACCCGCAGGAUGCAGCCACCCUGGAAGCGUCUUACAGGCGCACAAUCAUCAUUGUCUACUGGUACAAGGCCGGAAUGGAGCCAGUACGCAUGACCAGAGAGGUUCCGACGUUCCCACUCUUCCGACUCAGCAACUUCAAGGAUAUCACAGAGUCCCUCGCACUUAGCAACAACUCCUUCAUUGAUGCGUACGACCCCGAGUCACAGACUUGGAGCCAGCAGCCCACCACCGCUGUGCAGACAAUCAAGCAUCUCCCCAAUCAACUCCCACGACUCCUCUUUCGCGCUCGCAAGAGCCUGCUCGAGGGCCUUUCAGACCACGAGUGCAGCGGACUCGACCAUGAGCUCCGUAUCCAGCACCACGCACACCACGCGAACGGACAGAGCCCCACGCUGGACGCGAGCUCCCCGCCGACCAGGCCCGCCAAGCGGCCCGCCCCCGACGGCGCCGGCGAGCCGAUGGCGAAGCACUUCCGCACGCCGAGCACGGGCUUCGUCCACAGCGGGACCCACACGCCGGCCUUUGCCACGAACAUGUCCGCACAGCAGCAGCAGCAGCAGCCUGGCCCGUCUGCGCCAAUGAACCCGUCGCCGACCUCGCCGAGCCUGCAGUCGCCGUUCCUGCAACGCGAUGACGCGUUGCAACCCGCGUCCGACGACGCGCUCGUUGGGGGCGCGCAGGGCCAGCCUGGCGCGGCACCGGGCGGCAGCGGGGGCGGCGCCGGCGGCGGGGCAUCACCAACGGGGCCGCCGGGGAAGCGGUGGCCGAACGACUACGCGGUGUGCGAGAUCGCGCAGGGGUUUCAGCAGAUGGACAAGCUGACGGCGGCGACGCCGUCGCUGACGCAGCGCGCGGCGUUCGAGCGCGUGUUCGGGUGCCGGUACGUGAAGAGCACGGUGUGCCGGCACCGGGGCGUGUGGAAGCGCGCGGACGGGGCGCUCAAGGACGCGUUCGUGCGCAUGGGCACCGGCGAGGGCGCGCUCUGGGGCGAGUUCGUGAAGAAGACGGACUUCCGGCGCGAGCACCACAAGGUCAAGGGCCAGGACGAGGACGGACUCGACGCGCACGUUCAGAUCGACUACAUGGGCUCCCUUGGGCUCGGCAUGGUCGAUGAGCCGCCGCCGCCGAUGGCCUCACUCGCCCCGCCCGGCUGA